AUGGCAGCCCUUGGAGGGCCAUCUGGUUAUGCGAGACAGCAGUCGCCGGUGUCCCCGAACACGUCGGACGUGCCGGAAUUGUUGAACCCACAUGGGAGUGUGCUGAGAAAGGUUCUCAUACUGUACACUGGUGGUACAAUUGGUAUGGCCCGCGGUGCAGACGGGAGCUUAGGCCCAAUUCGUGGGGCGCUGAAGAAGCGACUGCGGUCUGUGGACGAGCUCAAUCAGGAGCUUUUUCCGCAGUGUUUCUUCGAUGAGUUCGACCCGCUGUUGGACUCCGCUGACAUGUGCCCUGAAGAUUGGUGCACCAUGGCUUCGUGCAUCGAACGCCAUUACUACGAUUUUGACGGCUUUGUCGUCUUGCAUGGCACGGACACGAUGGCCUACACUGCAUCGGCACUUAGCUUCAUGCUUGAGCAGCUCUCCAAGCCAGUCAUUCUUACAGGCUCUCAGCUUCCAAUGGAGGAGCCCUUGACAGACGCCCGCUCGAAUUUGCUGCGGGCUGUCAUCAUAGCAGGUCGAGCAGAUCUGACGGAGGUUUGCGUCUUCUUUGGUAGCAAGCUCUUCCGAGGAAAUCGCUGCAAGAAGCUGGACGCGAACGCUUUGACGGCCUUCGACUCACCCAAUUUUCCGGAGUUAGCCGUCGUUGGAACAGAGGUCAAGAUUCAUCACCGGUUGCUGUGCAAUCCGCCCAAAGGAAGGUUUCGCGUACAUCUGAUGACAGUGACGGACAUCAUUGUUGUUUGUGUGGUGCCAGGUUUUUCCGAUGGCUUCUUUGACAGCGUGGCUACGGCAGGAAAUGUGAAGGGCAUUGUUCUCAUGCUUUACGGUUGCGGAAACGCGCCUGCACGCAAGACAAGCUUUCUGGCAGCCUGCUCCAAGCUGGUCACUGCUGGAAUUGUCGUGGUGGCCUGCUCUCAGUGUAUACAUGGCAAUGUGGAGCUGGAUAAGUACGCAGUGGGACGUGCAAUUGCAGACUGCGGUGUGAUUCCUGGCCAUGAUAUGACUGCAGAGGCUACUGUGACAAAGUUAGCAUACCUGCUGUCCAAGGGUCUGUCCCCGGGCGAGUGCCGCAAGGCUAUGCAAGACAACUUGCGCGGUGAAAUGUUCUCGCCUGCGAAGACUUUAGACGUUUCUUCCUCGUGGAUGGAUUUGCCAAGUCCAUCAUGA